AUACAAAGGUGAGUCUGGUUACUUUCCCUUAGCCAGACCUGGAGAGUGUGUCUUCUUUCACACCUGUGUGGAAGCCAAACUCUACCGUUUCCAGAAAGUUCGGGCUUUGCGGCUUCACAGCUGCUGCUUUCCCAGACAUGGAUAUGUUCCAUGUGUUGCUCUGCUCUUGCUAACUUGCCAAUGUUUGGUUUCUUUUCAGCUUUUGAACAUGUCAAAUUACAAGGAGAAGUUUUCAACUUUGCUGUGGCUGGAGGAGAUUCAAGCAAAAACAGAACUGACAAAGUAUAAAAUGAGUGGAGUCCUCCUGAAAAGGAACCGGAACUUACUGGUUUUGGAGGUCCCGGGGUUGACUGAGAGUACACCUUCUCUGUAUGCAGGUGAUACAUUGAUUUUAAAAACUCACGAGUAUGAUGGACAUGUCAUCGAGCACAUCAGCUAUGUGAUUGAGAUUCAUGAAGAAGAUGUGACACUUAAAGUGAAUCCAGAAUUUGAAGAAGCAUAUAACUUUGAACCUGUGGAUGUGGAGUUUACAUAUAAUAGGACCUCAAGCAGAUGGUGCCACUUUGCACUUGAACAAGUUAUCUACCUAGGUGCAAAAGUGUUGUUUCCAGAAGAAAUCAAUUUAAGGUAUCCUCAAGUGAGAGAGAAUUGGAGCCAUGCACAAGACACCCAAAGAAAUGGACAGUCUACCACCAAGGAUAGGAAAACCCCAAGGGACCAAAGAAAAUGGAAAAAGGAGAGGAAUGUUGGUGCCAAGAGCCUGCCGGGAAUGGUAGCCUGUGCUGCAGUGACAAGUGAUUUGGGUAUGUGUUUGUCAGGGGAUGAAAUCCAGACUCCCAAUGCAAGAGAGCAGGAAUUUUUCAAUCCAGUGCUAAAUGAAAAUCAGAAGCUAGCAGUUAGAAGAAUUCUUAGUGGCCACUGUCGCCCCCUCCCAUAUGUUGUUUUUGGACCUCCUGGGACUGGAAAGACAGUGACAAUAAUAGAGGCUAUUUUACAGGUACAUUUUGCUAUGCCGGACAGUCGGAUUCUGAUCUGUGCACCCUCUGAUUGUGCCGCUGACCUUAUGUGUCUGCAUCUACAUGAGAGCAAGGUGCUGCGGCCAGCUGCCAUGGUCAGGGUGAAUGCUACCUGCAGGUUGGAGGAGGCAAUCACUGAUGACAUCAAAGCAUACAGCAGAGAUGGAAAAGACAUCUGGAAAGCUUGCCGCUAUAGGAUCGUCAUUACAACGUGCAGCACUGCAGGACAUUUUUACGAAAUUGGAGUGAGGAUUGGUCACUUCACACACGUGUUCGUGGAUGAGGCCGGGCAGGCGAGUGAGCCUGAAUGCCUAAUUCCUCUGGGGCUGGUCUCAGAUGUCAGUGGCCAGAUUGUACUCGCUGGAGACCCCUUGCAGCUUGGCCCAGUCAUUAAGUCAAGACUCUCCAUGGCGUAUGGGCUGAACGUGUCUAUGUUGGAGAGGCUGAUGUCUCGACCUGCCUACCAGAAGGAUGAAAAUGCUUUUAGUAUUUGUGGCACUUACAAUCCACUGUUGGUCACUAAGCUCGUGAAGAACUAUAGAUCCCACGUGGCCCUGCUGGCGCUGCCCUCUCAGCUUUUUUAUGACAAUGAACUCGAAGCCUGUGCAGAUCCCAAAGUAGUGACUUCUUUGCUAGGCUGGGAGAAGUUGCCUAAGAGGGGCUUCCCUCUCCUCUUCCAUGGUGUGAUG